UUCGUCCGAGAUGCGCCUUCUUACCGUACUUUUGGCUUAUUUGACUUUCAACCUGGCAGCCGCGGACGAUGAGGUUGAAGCGUCAACGUACAACGUGAUCGACAGUGUUCUUGAGAGGUGUUUAUUGAAAGACGAGAUGGACGUCUGCUUGCAAGAAGAAGCGGCUUCUGCGUUGGGCAAGGCCCUCGAGGCCGACAGCAUCCCCCUAGCCGCUGGUCUGUCUCUGACAAAAUCACCGGGACAAGACGACGCGGCAGAAAUCAUAGACUCAGGAAGAUCAGAGCCGGCGAAUGCUUACGACAAAAUUUGGGAGAACCUCGACAAGCUGGUCACCUCGAGGUCGCUCACUCUUCGGCUCACAGAUCUGACCGAGGGUCGAGGUAAAAAGAAGAAGGUCUGGGCCUAUUUCGGAGUAGCUCUCGCCACAGCUGCUGCAAUUUUGAUACCUCUCAAGCUGAAGUUCAUCGGUUGGAUGGCGGCGAGUGCGUUUAUGAUUGGUAAAGUCGCCCUUGUUAUCGCCUCCAUUGUCGGGCUUAAAAAAUUGGUGAGCAAGCCCCACGAGGAGACGACACACGUCCAUUACGAUAGUCACAGGUCCGACAACGCGCAUUACCUUGCGUAUAGCGGCCAGCAGCCGAACACCAUCGAAUGACCUUUGACCGUCUUAACCGGGAAACAACUCAGGGCGCGACUGUAUCAGUCCGUGCAGGCUUUCUUCUCAAUCUCUUUUGUACAUAAUUUUUUAUUAUUAAUUUAUUAAA